AUGCAGCGGAUCUCCAGCCUCGCCGCCUGCCGGGAGCUCGCCGGCCUCGCGGCGUGCGCAGCCGGCCGCGGCGCCUGGAACAGCGGCCCGAGCUGCUGCAAGCAUCCGGCCCUGCACCGGCACCGGGCGGGUGUGAGUGCGCGUCCUUUCGCCACGGAGCCGGGCCGGAGGCUGUGCAGGCGGAGGUUCGUGUUCGCCGGAGAUAAACAAAGACCGUUCAGCUCGCAGUCCGGAGAGGACGGGCCGCCGGGGAGCUCCGGCCGUCAGCCCCCCGUGUCCGUGGUCGGCACCCCGGACCCGCUCACAUGGAUCCGGUGUAAAUGCAUCAUGUGUCUGGUCCAACUGUACUUUGAGUUGGACAUGAACUCUGAAGAGUUUGAGAAAGGAGUGAAGCAGGCUUUGGUUUACGUCUCCAGCAAGAUGUCCAUCGGCAGAUAUCACGAGCUGGUGGGGAUCGUGUCCAACGAGAUGGUAGAAUAUGUUGAGACGAAGUGCAAGCCCAUGACCCGCGCCCAGAGGAAGCAGCUGGCGGUCAACAUGGAGGACAUUCUGUUUGUGCAUCCAGAAGACAUCUCUGUCGUUUUUGAUCAGUACGGUAGAAAGUUCUGCUCUGUCGCCAUGAGAUUCUGGCUCCUGUCUUCACAUGAAGGUCCCGACGACCCAGAGGCGACAAAGAUCUUCAGAGUGACUGCCGACGAAGACGCCGGCCCCAAGAAGAAACUUGCAACCGCUGUCUAUGAAUUCCACAGUGAGCUGACCAGGGGGGUCUCUCCUGACUGGAGGGUCACCAUCGUGUGGCACUGGCACUGGACGCUGGUCCAGUGAAGGCCCAGUGAAGGCACGCCGUUUGUUCAGGCCAUUUGUCACGAGGACACAGGAAACUAGCAAUCUGCUGAAGUUACACUCCUACGAAAGACGACAUUCAAAGUGAGCAAAAGUUUGGAGAACUGAAUGUUGAACACUUGAAAUGGGACCCACAGCACUGAAGCUGUCACACCGCAAGACCUCAGAACUUUACAUGCAGUAUGUAAAUGACCCGACUGUGCUGCUCCACUGUCCCGUAUGCCUUAGAAGCCCGACUCCAGUGAUUUCACACCACUGUCAGACUUGACGUAGCACCUGAUGCUGUUUUUAGUUGUGAUCUAACAAUCACAGCACAACUCCUUUUGUUUGUAUUUGCGCCUCAUCACAUCUCGUUUGGAUCUUCAAUCGACCACUCGUGCUUUUAAUUAACGUCCACACAGGAACAUAUGAACAGAGCUGUGAAAUCACUGGAGGGAGACUUUUAAACUCUCUCUCAGUGAAGUGUGUUGCCAAAAAAAGUCUAAGUCCGUAUGCUAGCCUUUUCUCCAGCUUUCCGCCACAUUUCUCAUUAAAUGCAGUUUUCUCAGUUGUCAUGGCGAUGGCUCAGUUGGCAUCACGUGACCAAUAGUGAGCGUGAAACUCGUGUCAUGUGCCAACUAGGGAUGCACAAAGUUGGAUUUUUGCCAAUCUGUCGAUAUUUUCCAACUCAUUCUGGCUGAUUGCUGAUAGAUGCACAUAUUUUUUCCACCUAAUUGCAGAGAACAUCAGGUCUCUCCUGCAGUGGAAUUAACAUAUUAUUAUGCCGACUCCUGAUGGCCCACUGUCAGGCGCAGGCUUGAUGCUUUUCAAGUGUUUACAUUCACCGGGCAAAGUAAGAAAACUGCUUCAGCUCGCAUGUAAAGUAUGCCGUACUCGCUUCUACAGGCUGAUGUUGAGAUUUCAUUUUAAAGCCUUUACUGGCUGAUACCAAAGAUGAUGCAGAUGUCAUCGUGCCUCCUUAGUGCUCACAGAUGUCACCUGAGUCAUCGUCAUGACAACUGAGUAACGACUGUGUCAUAAAAAAGGCUGAGAUGAGGCUCAAGGCUCACAGAAAAGCUCAUAAAUGGACCUCAAGUUAAGAUUUUUUUGUCAAACCACUGUUUCCAAGGUCAGGAAUGACGCUCAGGUCUGCUGAGUUUGUUACACUAAUGUACUGCUUCAAUAAAUUGCUUCUUGCAGCAGUUUA